UGUUGAAUAAGUGAAUAUAAAAUAGCAAUUAAAAAAUAAUUACAACACUUAAAUACUCAGCGACAACAAUAGCUGCCACGGAUUUCUCUAAUAAACAUUUGUGAGCGUCACGGAUAUAUUAAGAGCUACAAAUACACAAGCUCAUAAUUCUCACAAUCAUUGCAGUAUCUAAAUCAACAACAAUUUUCAAAGUUUGACAAAAGCACCAGCAAACAGAGAACUGUGUAUUACAUAAUUAAAAUAUAACAAUAACAUCAACAGCAACAACAACAAACACCUGAAAAAUGUUUCAUCUUACAUUGCCCGCCUCAAGCGGGUGUUUGCGCACAUCACAGCAGCACUGGUGGUCGUCACAGCAAAAGCUAUUACUUACGCUCACGUUUUUCCUCACCGUCAGCCAACUGCCCGCUUACGCUAUCGCCGUCUUUUCACCGAAAGACUGUCGCGACUUCAAUGCCGCCAAUUCGUUUUGUCAGUGUUCGGCGAUGCCCUCACGCUACGAAAUCCAAUGCCCGCCCAUGGAUUUCGAGCAGAAAUUCCACCUACAAAUCAGCGCAGGCGAACACGUGCAAAUUGAAUGUGGGCGCGCGGAUGUGCGCGACUAUCAGCUGUUGCCGAACAUGACGAUCGGCGAUACGAAAAUCGUGCAGAUACGUCACUGUCCGUUGCCCGGUCACACACCCAUAGCGGGUCUGUUGAGACGCCUGGGCAUUACGAAUGUGAAUUAUCUGAUGUUCGAGAGUGGCGACUUGGGUGCGAACUUAACGCGGCAUCAUUUGAGUAAUUUACAGAAUUUGGCGCAUCUCCGCUUCAGUUCGAAUAGCCUGACACAUAUGCCGGGUGAUUUAUUCGCCGAUUUACACAAUUUGAAUUGGUUGGACUUACGUUCGAAUAAUGUGAACUUGACGGAGAAACUUUUCGAGCCAUUGCGCAGCUUAACGUUCCUCGAAUUGGGUCAUAACAACUUGAAGACACUGCCGCGCGGUAUUUUUAAGAACCAGCAAAAGCUGUUGCAUCUCAAUUUGUGGGGCAAUCAGUUGCGCAACCUCACACGUGAUAUAUUCGAGGAUGCCACCGCAUUGACCGAUAUCGAUUUGAGCGCGAAUAAUAUUGAGACUUUUGCGCCGGACGUUUUCCAGCCGCUCACCAAUCUCAGCAGCAUCUACAUUAACGCCAAUCACUUCCGGGAGUUGCCAUAUGGUCUUUUUGCGAAUAAUAAAAAUCUCACUGAAUUUCGUUUAAUAAAUAACCGAGUCGCGCUAAUUACGCUACCAUCGAAACUAUUUGCGAAUUUACCACAUUUGAAGGAUGUACGGGUGACCUGUGAACUGGAGAGUGUGCCCGAAGAUUUAUUCGAAAACUCUAAUCGUUUGGCGAAUCUUACAUUGAAGGAGAAUAUGCUGACCACCUUACCGGAGCAUUUGUUUAGAGAUCAAUCUGAACUGUAUGACCUGGAUCUGACAAAUAAUCGGCUACAAACGCUGCCGGAUGGUUUAUUCCAGAACUUGAAAAAAUUGGUGGAACUGAAGCUGUCACACAAUCAGCUACGCGAAAUCUCAAGCGAACUCUUCAAUCCACUCAUCAGUCUGGAAUUACUUCAUUUGGACAACAACAACAUACUCAAUAUAAAUAUCCAAGCUUUCCGUGACACCGGCAGUUUGAAAUUCCUCGAUUUGGAAAAUAAUCAAAUCGAUCUCGCCGAAGCACAUGCCGCCAUACUCGAACCCAGCGCGCAUUUCAGCUCCGACUUCGAUGCCAAUUCACCCUUCCAGUUUCUCUACAAACUGCAACGACUCAAUUUGCGCAACAACUCCAUCAUGUAUAUCUUCAAUGACUGGAAGACACAACUACUCGAGCUACAACAACUCGAUCUCAGCUAUAACAACAUCACGAUAUUCCACGAUCAAGAUCUACAGUUCCUCAGCAAGCAACGCAUCGAGGUGAAUCUCACGCACAAUCUAAUACACGAAAUCAAUUUCAACACCAUCAAAAUUAUGGAUGUGCCUUUAGCGAACCAGAAGGUGCGCAUCGAUCUCAAUAACAAUCCGCUGCACUGCGAUUGUCUCAUGUUGCCCUUCCUGCAGUUCAUUUCCGGCGAGUUCAAGGAAAAGUUUGCGAACAAAAUUGAGCUGCUUACCGCCGAAUUGAAGUGUGAGGGACCGACCGCGUUGCAAACCAAGCCUGUACAGGAAUUGAGUUACAUGGAGCUCGUGUGUCCGUUGGACGAUAGCGCCUCGAGCGAAAGACGCUGUCCACGCGGUUGCGAAUGUUGGGUGCGGCCGCAUGAUUUUAUGCUUUUGGUCAACUGUUCGAACGGAAAUAUGACACGUUUGCCCGCGCUGCCACACGAGCCGCUGCUCAAGGGCAUUGUUUUGUUUGUGGAAAAUAAUAAUUUAAUGAGGCUACCUCUAGGCAGCACAUCCGGCUAUGCAGAUGUGAAGCAGUUGCAUGCCGCUGGCAAUCAGCUGCGGCAAAUAGAGGUAAAUAACCUGCCCGUAGGUUUGAAAUACUUGGAUGUGCGUCAUAACCAGCUGCAGCGUCUAAAUGAGAGUGUUUUGGAAUACUUAAACAGCAGCAGUACACUCGAGGGCUUGCUGCUCUCACACAAUGCAUGGGCGUGCGAUUGUGAGGCGAAGCCACUGCUGGAGUUUACACAAAAUGCGGCGAUUUUGCAAAAGCUUAGCGUGCGCGAUUUCAAUCAGAUGCAUUGUGCGACGGACCCUACGAAUCCGGACGCUGCGGUGGAAUGGUUCAAAGAUAUCUCCGUUGCCGACAUUUGUCCCGCAGAAAUGGGUUUGAUCAUAGCUUUCGGCACAACUAUUGCGCUACUCGGCCUAUUGGUGGGCAUCGGCAUGGCGCUCUUCUACAAAUACAAUCAAGAGAUUAAGGUUUACCUUUACGCGCACAACUUGUGUCUCUGGUUUGUUACCGAAGAGGAGUUGGAUAAGGACAAGAAGUACGACGCUUUCGUCUCGUACUCACACAAAGAUGAGGCCUUCAUAGCAGACUAUCUAGUGCCCGAAUUGGAACACGGCCCGAUACCGUUCAAGUUAUGCGUGCAUGUGCGUGACUUCAUAGUCGGUGGUUGUAUACCCGAUCAGAUUAUACGUUCGGUGGAUGAGUCGCGACGCACGAUUGUGGUGCUCUCGCAAAACUUCAUCGAAUCGGUGUGGGCGCGCAUGGAAUUCCGUGCCGCACAUCAAUCGGCGCUCAAUGAAAAGCGUAAUCGUCUGAUUGUCAUCAUCUAUAGUGAUAUUGAGAAUAUCGAGAAUUUGGAUAGCGAGUUACAGGCAUAUUUAAAGACAAACACCUAUUUGAAAUGGGGCGAUCCAUAUUUCUGGGACAAAUUGCGCUACGCUAUGCCACAUCCCAGUCGACGGCCGGCUGGUGGCUUGGAGAAGACCGCCAUGAAGAGUUCGGUGGACGAUAAACUGGAGCUCAUCAAACCAUCGCCCGUCACACCCUCACCUACAACACCACCCGCCAUGGCAGCGAAGAACCCGCUCAUUGCUCACCUCAACGGCGGUACACCGCAAACUGCGAUCAUAAUACCGAAUGGCAAAAUGGCGAAUGGCGGCACGACAAUGCCCGUCAACAACUAUCAUCACAUGAAUGGCAAGACACAGAACGGACAUAUUAAUGGCGCUUUUAUUAUCAACACAAAUGCCAAGCAGAGUGAUGUAUAGAAUAGGGAGAAGGCGGAAAUGUUUCAGUUCGAUGACGAUUUGCUCUUUCGAUGAAACUGAGACACGAACGCAUCUUACAACCACUACUACUAAGUUAGAGCUGAAACGGCGUUAGAACGGAAUGCAGGCUGAUUUGUCAACGUCAUGACGAGGCGUGGCUUGUGGGCGAUAGAAGGUGCAAACAGCAAAGUAAAAAACACCAAAGCAUGACGAGAAUGAUGAGAAGUCUCAAAGGGAGGAGGUACACAAAUCAAUCGGAAAUUCCCUAACACGUUCAUUAUCCUAUCGAAAAAUCGUUUAAUAUUAUUCUCUGCUUUUAUCCGUCAGCGUAAUUUGUUUUCAUAUGUGUAUACUUCUUAAGAAGCAUACUUUUAGGCAUUUACUAAAGUUAUGUACUUGUAUAGUAUAAUUAAGCUGUUUUUUUUUAAUGUUCAAAACCAAACUGACUUUGGUCACAAACACCAAUUAAAAGAAAUAAAAUAAUUAUUAAAAAAAAUAAAAA